CAUUUUGUAACAUGUUUUAACUUUUCAGCUCUGGGUGCUGCAUAUGGCACAGCCAAGUCUGGUGUAGGCAUUGCAGCUAUGUCAGUGAUGAGACCAGAGCUCAUCAUGAAAUGCAUCAUUCCGGUUGUUAUGGCAGGUAUCAUCGCUAUUUAUGGUCUUGUUGUGGCUGUACUCAUUGCUGGAAAAUUAGAAGCUGGUUCUAAAGGCUACACUUUGUACAAUGGCUUUGUGCAUUUUGGGGCUGGUCUUAGUGUAGGAUUAUCAGGUCUUGCUGCUGGAUUUGCGAUUGGUAUUGUUGGAGAUGCUGGUGUAAGAGGGACUGCUCAACAACCACGACUCUUUGUAGGCAUGAUCCUCAUUCUUAUUUUUGCUGAGGUAUUGGGAUUGUAUGGCUUAAUUGUUGCCAUUUACUUGUAUACUAAGACAAGUAAUUAAGUGGAAAGGAAUAUAAAAAAUGUGAAGACUGUGCCAAAUAAAUGGCAUUAAUUAAGAAUGGAAAUUUGCAAGUGGUUGGAAGCUAGCAGGAAAAGAAGAACAAUCGUUGUCUCAUUGAUUCCUGAGUAAUUUCUUCAGAACAAGGCAGUUUUUGUUGGUGUGGUGGUUGGUGUAUCCAUUAUAGGUGCUCAGAAAUAGGAAAUGGAAUCCAAUCAUAUAUUUUCUUAUUUUUAUGAGGGUUAUAUUUUGUGUGAUUUCUCAUAAGUUGUAGGAACAUGAAGAUGUCUUUGUAAUAGAUUUAUCACUGGGUGAAACAUACCUGUGCAACAGUAUUCUGGCUAUAAUGUCGAUUGGAGUCCAGAUCAGAUUCUGACAUUUUGUACAGAUGUGGGUCUAUGACAUUAACAUUAAAGGCUUUGCUCUGUAGAAACUAACCUCAGUUUAAGUAUGAAUUUGUUUUUUAUUAUCAGUCACUGGUUUGCAAAUGACUAGGUAACUGAAUCAGUUGAGAAUUGGGUGAAUGGUAACAAAUUAACUAAGGAGAAAUGGGUAAAUAAUUUUAUUUUCGACAAGUAUGUUCAACAGUGAAAUUUUCAGGGCCAUUAAUUAUUUUUUAAAAAGAUGCAUUCGGCUGUUAAAAAAUUUCUUGUCUUCAAAGGCACAUCAGCCUAUACUAUUGAUGCACAGUUUCCAUAUUUUUCCUCAUAGAAUAUGAUAGUCUCCUGAUGUGAAGCUUCUUAUGAUUUCAUGACGGGUUUGUUUCCUAGUGUGAUAUGAAAAAAUGUUUAUCGUUGGAUUUUGCAAAAUACAUUAUUUGCUGAAGUUAAAUGUUGUAUAAUGUAAAAUUUCAAUCAAGAUUCAAGGUAUGUUGCUAAUUUAAGUUUGCAAAAUAUACAAGCUAUUUGUCCAUGUGAAGUUUGACAGUAUUUUUGUGUUGAUGAAAUUUUACAGAAUUUUUUAUUUAUUUAAAGGAUUUGAAGAAUUGAUAAUCAGAGUUUGCAAAGAACAUUAUUUGCCAAGAGAAAAUUAUACAUGUUUUAAUGGGUGGUACUUUUAGUGAUAUUUAAUGUGAAAACAGUCACAAGUAAGAACUAGAGAUGAGAUGGUUGUGAUAAAAAGGGAUGGUCAUUUGUGUGUAAGCUGCAUUAGGAGGAAAUUAUCUUUACUGAGGAGUAUAACCAGUGAGACCUUAGUAGCUGCCAUGCAGGAAAACAAGGUAUUAUAACAGGACAUAGCAUAACUUAAAGUGAUCAGCAAAUACUAAGCAGUAUUUCCUGGUAUCAGCUUCUGUUAAAGUGUUCAGACAAAAUACUUUAUCUGUAUAAUUUGUAUGAGAAUGUUAAUAUGUAUAUUUAUUUUGUAAACAGGGAGUCAUGUAUUUUUUGUAGAUUAUUAAGUUAAUGUUUAUUUGUGUAUAGAAAAUCUAUUUAAAUUAAGACUAUUUUCAUAAAGUUAUUAUUGUGUAAAUUUACUGGUAUCUGUGUACCAUGUACCCCAAAUUCCUUGUAUGUCCAGGAUGAAAGAGAUUUACUGUAACAUUUUUAUCCUGUAAUAUGGUAACUGAAGCACCUCAGUGGCAUGGUCGGUAUGAUGUUGGCUUACCACCUCGGUGGCCACGAGUUCAAUUCUCCAGCAUUCCAUUGAGGUGUGAGAGAUGUGUAUUUCUGGUGAUAGAAGUUCACUCUCGACGUGGUUCAGAAGUCAUGUAAAGCCGUUGGUCCCACGCAAAGUAAAAACGCCAUACAAACAAACAAAUAAAUAUGGUAACUGAGUCAUUAGACCCUUUGACUUUACACGGGUUAUAUUUCUUAGGUGGGACUUGGGUUUAAACAUUUUUGAUAUUUCUUAAUAUAAUAAUCAAGUUUGGCAGAACUUCCUAAAAGUAAACUAUAGUUGGAUGUAACUCUAUAACAGCUUUUGCAGCCUCAGUGUUCCUGUAAUCUUAACAAAUAUUCCAGAAGUGAUUGUUGUUUAUUUUGACAGCACAGCUUAACACAUUUUUUCAGCCAGCAUAGCUUGAUGAUUAUUUCAAUUUGCUUGUGUAGAGAUGCACUCGUACUCUAUACUUCACUGAAUUAAGACUAUACAGUUUUCUCUAGUUCCCUAAUUGACUGUUGAGUAUCUUUGGUAUGAUGCAUUUGAUGUAAGGUGUAAAAAAUUAAUAAAUUUUGUAGGCAAACAAAUUUAAAAAGUUAGUAUGAUAUUUAAAGGGAGUAUAUUCGGUGAAAAGCAUAUAAAGAUUGCAGGACACAAGGGAGAGUUUUAUUUGUGUUCCUCCAUAGAUUUGCAACUGUUUCUCUGUUUUAAUUUUGAAAAAUUAUGGCAUCAGGCCUUUAUCAUGCAUACAAAAUCUUUGAACCUAAGUUUGAUUACCAUAUUUUUUUUUUUAUCAACUAUAAAUUUUUCCUUUUAAAGUUUAUUCAUUCUACUUGAAAAAUUUUUGUAACUAGAUUACAUAUGAGGAUAUAGAUGGAUUUUGGGGUUAAAUUUGCAUAUGGUAUAUAUAUCAAAUUCAGUAGGUGAAGUGACUUGGCAGAAGGUGGUUGGCUUACAUAUCAUAGGAACCAUCUGUUAAUCUUGCGAUUUUGCCAGUGCACCAGGAAUACAUUGUGUAUCUACAUUGGUAGCAUUUUCAUUAGCAUUGAAGCACAAUCUAGUGAAUUACGAAGUUUAGAUUGUAAAAAGUUUCCAAUUAGGUACAUUCCAAUCUUUAAAGAAGGUGGUGUUAGGUAACUUUUUGGAAGACAGAGUAGGUUUUAUUUUUUCUCAUAUGAUGUAUGUACUGAAUGGUGUGAAACUGUGAAUCCUGUACUUCAUUAUUUCAAGUACUAUGUAGUACCAUAGAACAAAAUGUAAAAACUUGGAACAUUUUGUGGCUUUAUCAGUGUGCACUAGACUGUAACAAAAGAAAACAUCACUCUUUAAUUUCAAAUUAGUGUUGGGGUCUUGUCUGUAAACAUUACUACUCAUAUUUAUGUCAGUGUUACCAUGUGAUCAAAAUAAGUUAGUUGUCAUCUUGCUCCCAACCAUUGAAGGUUAGUAUUGGUUAUAAGUGUGUUCAAUCAGACCAAAAAGUUAAAAAGAAUUAAAAGAAGUGUAUGUAUGUACAGUAUAUUAAUAGAAGAUUGGUGUAAAAGUUGUUCAAGUAAAUUAUAUGGAUGUCA